GGUUCCAGCCUCUUUGCCGCACAGACCACAGCGGUGAUGGCGGGCAGACAGUUCGGCUGGAGCCGGGUGGCUCUUCUCCAGCUCUUCCUUGGUGUUAACCUGAUGGUGAUGCCACCUACCCAGGCCCGGCGUCUGCGUUUCGUUACCUUGCUGUACCGACAUGGAGACCGUUCGCCAGUGAAGACAUACCCCAAGGACCCCUAUCAGGAAGAUGAAUGGCCCCAGGGAUUUGGUCAGCUAACCAAGGAGGGGAUGCUACAGCACUGGGAGCUGGGCCAGGCUCUGCGACAGCGCUACCGUGACUUCCUCAACACCUCUUACCACCGGCAAGAGGUUUAUGUGCGAAGUACAGACUUUGACCGGACUCUCAUGAGUGCUGAGGCCAACCUGGCUGGACUCUUCCCUCCCGACGGGAUGCAGCACUUUAACCCAAACAUCUCUUGGCAGCCUAUCCCCGUCCACACUGUGCCCAUUGCCGAGGACAGGCUGCUGAAGUUCCCACUGGGCCCAUGUCCCCGUUUUGAACAGCUGCAGAACGAGACCCGGCGGACACCGGAGUAUCAGAAUGAGAGUAUUCAGAAUGCACAAUUUCUGGAUAUGGUGGCCAACGAGACAGGGCUUACGGACCUGACACUGGAGACCAUCUGGAAUGUCUACGACACACUUUUCUGUGAGCAGACACACGGGCUGGUCCUGCCGCCCUGGGCCUCGCCUCAAACCAUGCAGCGUCUGAGCCGGCUAAAGGACUUCAGCUUCCGCUUCCUCUUCGGGAUCUACGAGCAGGCAGAGAAGGCCCGGCUGCAGGGGGGAGUCCUGCUGGCUCAGAUACGGAAGAACCUGACCCUGAUGGCAACCACCUCCCAGCUCCCUAAGCUGCUGGUCUACUCUGCGCACGACACCACCCUGGUUGCUCUGCAAAUGGCGCUGGAUGUCUACAAUGGUGAACAAGCCCCCUACGCGUCCUGCCACAUAUUUGAACUGUACCAGGAAGAUACUGGGAAUUUCUCAGUGGAAAUGUACUUUCGGAAUGAGAGUAACAAGGCCCCCUGGCCGCUGAUCCUGCCUGGCUGCCCUCACCGCUGCCCGCUGCAGGACUUCCUUCGCCUCACAGAGCCUGUUGUGCCCAAGGAUUGGCAGCAGGAGUGCCAGCUGGCAAGCAGUCCUGCAGACACAGAGGUGAUCGUGGCCUUGGCUGUAUGUGGCUCCAUCCUCUUCCUUCUCAUAGUGCUGCUCCUCACCGUCCUCUUCCGGAUGCAGGCCCAGCCUCCUGGCUACCGCCACGUUCCAGACGGGGAGGACCAUGCCUGACAACCACUCAGCCCCCUUCCCUCUGCCUCCUCGGGGAGGUGGGCUGGGCCUUGCUCCUGACUGUUGCUGCUCCCCAGCCCAUGGACAGGAGACCCUGGGUUGGGCCUCCCUCUGGUCACCCCAGCCUAGAUGAACAAGUGGGGCUCAGCUUGGCCUGUGGCACCUGUCACUCAGCAUUCAUGUGCCUGACGUUAACCAACUACUGUGUUGGACGCUGGCUUUCUCCAAACCGGAUUUGCCUCCUCCAUGCUCCCUUCUAAGGACCUGAAAUGUAGACGAGUAUUCAAGUUUCACUCAGGACCUAGGAUUAAAAGGCUGAGGGAGUUGCCGCUUGAUCUGCUUUGCCUCUCCAUCAAGCCCUGCUCACUCUCUCUUCCAACCCAGAGUGUUUGGCAAAUGGCCCAGAGGACACAGUCUUGCCUCUCAGUGCUUAUUUUAGUGGGAAAAACUGCACAACACUGGGGGUACAAACACUGGCCACCAAGGAACCAGAUCACCCAAGAGCCAGCCAGCGAAGUUUUCCUUUGUCCAGCUGAAGCCACCAUUAACUGGAGUCAGACAUAAUGCUUCCAGCAUCUUUGUCACCCCUGCACCUUGAGCAGGUCGGAAGGAUGUGGGUACUUGGGAGGGAGUCGGGGGAGGUGUGGGGGGGUGAGUUGUACAGAAUCACGAAACUACUAUCCCUCUCAUCUAGGCUGGGAUCUCCUGGGAUCUGCCAGGGAUCUCCAGCUGGCAGGUUGUGAGCUGAAUAGCUCCUGACUGUGACCCAGAAUAGGGCUGAGACAGCUUCCAGAGAAUGAAGGUUUUGGACUCUUAGUG